UUGCACUAUUCUCUGCACACGUCGAACCGAUGUCAUGUUGUGGCACUAGAUCAACGUCUUUGCUUUGCCACCAAAUAUAUUCGUACGAGUGCACUUCGCUGAGAUUGAAAUCGGUUUGGGACUCCGCCGCCGUUCAGCGCUAGCGCUGGAGCGCUUCAGCACAUUCAACAUCCCACAACGAUCAGAACGCACAACAGGCUCGUCGGCUCUGAACGUUCUUUGCGCGUCGGAAGGUUUUAAUCUAGAGUCAACCCUCAAGCUUUCGGCUUAAUGUUAACCGAAAUACCUCAAGAGCUGCUCAUUCUAAUAGUCGAGCAUACGGACGUAUUCACGGCGCUAGCCUUGCGAAGCACCUGCAGAGUGCUCCAAGCAGCCACACGCGAUAAGCAGCUAUGGAUCGCGCUUCUACAAAAGCUGGUUCAGGCGGGUCAUGUUCCCCUCUCGCGUUCUCUUGAAAAUCUCGAACACUUGACGCCCGAGAAAGUUGAGGCAAUCACUUGCCGAGCUGCAUCGCUCUGUAACGCUUGGGAAAACCACACCAUCAGGGCAAAAACAGUCUGGCGAGCGGAUCUCACACGCUCGGUGACAUGGCUUAGGCUGGUCGAGUCACGAUUCCUCCUAAUAGCCUCCUCGGAUACCGUAUGCAGCAGUCUAGAGCUAUAUGAUUUGGCUUCUUUGGAAACCAGUGGGCUCGUCCCGCUCACAGAAUGUUAUGUACCGGGGCCCAUCUUGAGCGGAGAAGCGGAGAUCCAAGAUGGCCGACUUUACGUGGCCGUAGCAUUGGACACCCGAGUUCCGAAGCUGCAGGUCCUCACCCUUUGUGACGUAGACGAUCUACAAUCCUUCGGAGAAAUUCAGACUUUAACAGGUUAUGGUGACAUCAUGCUACUUCACCGUGAUGUCAUCGUUUGUGGAACGAAGGAUAACGUGGCGAUACCCCACAUUGUUGAUUGGAAAACGGGGCUUAAUCAUGCAGUCGAGAAGGUGCCGGAUUACAGGGGAACCCGGUUCAAAGCAUACAUCUGGGACAACCUGCUCGUGACCAUUGGCACGGUUGACGUAAAGCUUUAUUCGCUGCCGUCGCUACAAUCACCACCUUGCGUCGUUCAUACGUUCCCUCUCGCUACGGAGAUGUGCGGCGAUGUAGAGGAAGUCUCGUUCUUCAAGAGUUCGCAGCCCAUCAAUAUCACCUUUCCCUUUACCGGUUGGGUUUCAACAUCGACCGAACUUUCCUGGAUCAAAAGUUUUAGUUCACCCGAGGAUUACCCAGGGGAUUGCGAACAAGGGAGCGUUUGGAGAUGUAGCCUGCUGCGCAGCCUGGACCCAAACGCAAGCGAGCUCUAUUCCAUCUCCGAUCCCGAGAGGCUCACCAGUCCAUCUGGUGCAACUUCUGUGACUAGUGGAACAAUCGGUGGACAGGCACUUUGGGUAGACCAGCCUUAUCACUUUGGAUUGUCUCUUUAUAGCGCCUUAAGAACGCCGCCCACCGAGUCGGUGGUAGUCCAGCCACCCCACGAUUUGCCUAGUCUAGCUGCGUUUCCGCAACUUGCUUUUGAUGACGCCUCUGGUAUCAUCGCAGUCGGUAAUUUAGCUGGAGAAGUUGCCAUCGUAGACCUUGUUGGCGCCCCAUUCACUUCUCUAUCUGCAGGCGAUCCCUUGCCGUUGACUCCAGUCGGUGAUAUUGACAAGCUGACUCCAACUACGAUCAUACCGCUGGACGUUAUUACCUCGUUGCUGAAUCGCCCCACUGACAUGAAUUCGCUUGACUAUGAACAACACUUACUUGCAGACCGCAUUCGUAACCUCGACAGCUCCGAAAUUCAGACUCUACCCGAACUCUGGAGAGACCGCAAACGGCUACGCAUCCGGAGUCACGAAUGUGAAAACAUUCCGUUCUUGGGCGACCUCGCCUUCGAGCUUUCUCAUUCAUUCGAGUUUCUUGGUCGCGUGCAGCUGAUAAUAAGCGACAAUAUGAGUCAUACACUACUUUCCAAAGGUGGACUCUACUUCGUCUACACAGGAGCAUGGGGAGAGGAAUUCAUCGUCUUCCGUGGCGGGACCACUCUGGAGGACAUCUUGAACUGCAUUUUCACUUUCCCCGAGGCUGGCCUAAAGUUCCCAGGCUUGGACUAUAAGCCGGUCGUACUUCGGUCUUUUUCCAGCUUCGCGAAGGAGCAAAGCAUGAAGGUAGCCACUCGGAAUGAACGUCGGGACUUGGGGAAGAAUCGAUUUCAUGAGAUGCGAGCUCGGGGAGGGUCUCCAUCAACGUGGCUCACAAACGGCAUGUGGCUCGCGUUGGGCUCAGAGCAGCCGAUGUAUGAAGGAGCCCUUCCUCGCUGGGAGACCUUGUAUCACGCUGUGCCGGAAUUUACCACACAGCGUCUGGGCACUUCCACGAGAAAUGAUGACACACACGCUUAA